AUGGGUAAGGCGCAGAAGAAGACAGGAAAGGGUCGUCUCGACAAGUACUACAAGCUCGCAAAAGAGCAGGGCUACCGUGCCCGUUCGGCAUUCAAGCUCAUUCAGCUGAACAAAAAGUACUCGUUCCUGGAGACUGCACGAUGUUGCAUAGAUCUGUGUGCCGCGCCGGGUGGUUGGCUGCAGGUGGCGAGCAAGUACAUGCCGCCGAGUAGCGUGAUAGUUGGCGUUGAUUUGGUCCCUAUCAAACCUAUUCCUCACGUCGUCACGUUUGCCUCCGACAUCACCACCCCGCAAUGCCGGAACCUGAUCCGCGGCGAGCUGAAGGACUGGAAGGCCGACGUCGUGCUGCACGACGGUGCGCCGAACGUCGGUUCGGCCUGGGUCCAGGACGCGUACAGCCAGUCCGAGCUCGUGCUCAUGAGUAUGAAACUUGCGGUAGAGUUCCUCGUCAAGGGCGGCACGUUCGUGACGAAGGUCUUCCGGAGUGCUGACUACAACAACCUCAUCUGGGUGUUCAACCAGCUCUUUGGCAAGGUCGAGGCGACGAAGCCCCCAUCUUCUAGGAUUGUCUCCGCAGAAAUCUUCGUCGUCUGUAGGGACUUCCUCGCGCCCAAGCACAUCGACCCGAAAUUCUUCGAGCCCAAACACGUCUUCAAGGAUCUCUCUGCUGCAUCACCGGAAGACGGUGACAAGGUGACCUCGUCCAAGAACCACCAGACCAAUGUGUUCCAGCCAGAGAAGAAACGUCGGCAUCGUGAUGGCUACGACGAGGGCGACUAUAUUCUCUUCAAAAAGUCCGGCGCUGCCGACUUCAUCCGGUGUCCCGAUGCGAUUGCCUUCCUCGGAACGGUGAACAAGAUCACCUUUGGGACCGAAGAGGAGAAAGAGUGGCUGAAGAUGGACGUCACAACGCCAGACGUCGUCGCAAAUUGUGAGGAUCUCAAGGUACUCGGCAAGGGCGACUUCAAGGCGCUCAUCAGGUGGCGGACGAGUCUGCGCGAAGAGCUUGGUCUCGACGUGAAGACGAAGCCCACGGAAGAGCUCACGGAGACCGUGGAAAUAACGGAAGAAGUCGACGAGGAGACCGAGAUCCAAAAUGAGCUCGAGCGUCUGAACGCGGAGGCUGCAGGACGCACCAAGCGCGAACGCCGCCGGGCGAAUGAGAUCAAGCAGCGGACCAUCCAGCGCAUGCAGCUCCAGAUGACCGCUCCGCUCGACAUUGGUCUGGAGCAGACCGAUGCGGCGUUGAGCCUCGGUCAGGAGGACGUGUUCGACCUCGACAACGCCACCAAAGCGCUGAAGCGCAGGGGUGGCGCUACGAGAUUGGCUGAGGAAGACGAUGCAGAGAGCGAUGAGGAUUCCAGCGCUGACGACGCCGAGGAGGACGCUGCACUUGACUCGGACGAGGAAGAGGAGCGCAAAGUCGCGGGCCUUGAGGCCCAACUCGACGGGCUGUACGACGCGUACCGCGAUCACCUGCGCGAUCGCGACGCGAAGUACAGAGUGAAGGAAGCGCGGAAGAACGCCAAGCACCGCGAGGAGUGGGACGGUAUCAAGGAGAAGGGGAGCGAUGACGAGAGCGGCGACGAGAGCGAAGAAGAGGGUGGGUGGGACAAAUUUGAGGCGGCGAAGGAGAGGGCAGGCGAGGAUUCCAGCUCGGACGAGGACUCGAGCGACGAAGAGGACAACGUGGUAGCGGCGAACUCUGCACCUGCGAAGAAGCGGCGGAUAGCGGGAGACGCUCCGGGCGAGGGGCGAAGUCGGAAGAAAGCCCGCCUCGCAGAGCCACCAUCGGCGGCAGGACCGCUCAGCCGGGCAGCACAAGUUUGGUUCAGCCAAGACUGCUUCGCGGGAGCAGAUAUAGAUAUUCCAGACGACGAAGACGAAGAGGAGGAAGGGGAGUCAGACGAAGACGAAGCUUCGCUGAUGCUGACGUCCAAAUGGAGGUCGUCGAGCGAAGAUGAAGAUGAUUUCGAGGUCGUUCCUCAGGAGCCGGACCAUGCCGACGAAGGGAUGUGGGAUGUCGAAGAUGAGAACGAAGACGAGCUCAAGCAGGCUCACAUUCAGAAGCAUGGCCUCGUCACGCCUGAGGCCGUCACGAUUGCACAACAACUUGUCAACAGGGAGAAGACGCGGACCCACUUAAUCAACGACGGCUUCAAUCGUUAUUCCCUCAACGCAAAGGACGGUCUCCCGCCUUGGUUCCUGGACGAUGAGGAGAAGCAUUACAAGGCCAACAUCCCCGUCACCAAAGAGGCCGUCGACGCGUUGCGCGCCAAGAUGCGUGCCCUCGACGCGCGGCCAAUAAAGAAGGUCGCUGAGGCGAAGGCACGGAAGAAGUUCAGGGCUGCGCAGAGGCUUGAGAAGGCCAUGAAGAAAGCUGAGGGUGUCAACGAAACCUCCGACAUGACAGAACGAGAGAAGGCAAGGCAGAUCGAGAAGCUCAUGCAAAAGGGAGCUGCGAAGAAGCAAAAGAAGGAGGUCAAGGUCGUCGUAGCCAAAGGUUCUCACAAGGGCUUGAAGGGAAGGCCCAAGGGCGUCAAGGGACGUUACGUGAUGGUAGACUCUAGGAUGAAGAAAGAGGUCCGGGCCCAGAAGAGAAAAGAACGAGCCACCAAGAAGCGGAAACGCAACUGA